CGCGAUCAAACACCCACAACGGCCGCCAGAAUGGGAUCUAAGGGUGGAUUGAUUCCUGUGCGGUUCCUGGUGACAUUGGGGCAGAUGCUGGGCAUCAUUUUCCUCCUCUACUCCAAGGCAGAGGCCGCCGGCACACCGGGGAGGAUAGGGCAUCCAUCGCUGUCAUUGUGUUUGUGGUGCAGGGUGACCACGUCCGUGCGGCGCUGCCCUUUGACUACGACAAAGAGGAAUACAAAGACGCCGAACGAAGGUAGCACACACAGAGGCCAAGCCCCACGGAGAUCCAUCCAUGGUUGCACUUGUGUUUCGCUGCAGUUUUGAGGCGGCGAUAGGCUUGUCGAUAGCGUUUCUCAUUGUGGAGCUGAUUGGCCUGCUGGCGGGGGUAUCGCUCUUCUUCACGGCCGUGGCGUUCGUGGACUCUCUGCUGCACGGCCUGGGGUGCGUCCUGCUGGUCAUGUUCAUCACCAACGAGUGGCGCAGCGAGACUCUGUGGAUACUUUUCCCUUUCAUCAGGUGGGUGCGAAGGGGCCAGCACCGCACUCAUGGCAUGGAUGUGAGCAGCAGCCAGAAACCCUCUCUCUGUGUGAUGUGAUGUGAUGUGAUGUGUGCAGUUUGGUGCCCUUUGUGUGUGAGGUGUGGGCAUUUGUGGCCGUCUUUGGGCUGCAAGUGAUGCCAUAUUGACGCGCCAACAAAAGACCAUAUGUAUUUCAUCAAACUAAUGCACGAAUGAAUGCGUGUCUGUCCGUGC